CAAGUGGUUUCUCUCUCGCAGGUUGGCUGUGGUGGCACAGGCACACCUCCCCAGAGCCCAUCAUCCAUCGCUAUUCCUGCUGCUGCCUCUUCUCGCUCGCUCUCUUCCCUCAUUCCCUCUUCUUUGCUGCUCGAAUCCCUUGUGCCUGCUUCCCACUCCCCUCGCUUUCCCGUUCCGAUCCCUUUUCUCGCCGCAGAAUUCCGUCUGGGUUUGAGUUUUUUUGGUGCAGUUCGAGGGUGGGUGUGAGCUGUGCAGAAGCGAGGAACGAUGCUUUGUGGGUUGUGUCAUCUCAGGUAGUGGAUUGCGUCUGAGAGUUUUAGCGUGUCUCAUGGUGUUGUGAUUACAGGUGGAUCGAGGAUUUGUGGGUGGGGGGUUUUUUUUGGGGUGUUUCUGAGGGUUGGAAGGUUAGGGUUUCGUGAUUUUUGUAGAGGUUUGCAUCUUGGUCUCGGGGUGUAGAUUUGGUGGUGACACGAGAUACAGCAUAUGGGUUAGGGUUAAUAGUGAGGUAUGCGUUUGGUCGCGUUUGGUCGCCUCCCAAUGUGUUCAGCUCAAUUUGGAUUUGUUGUGGUUUGGAGUAGAUUUGAGUUUGAUGAGUCGUGGGGAGGAUUUUAGUGUGAAGCGCUUUUUUGGUUUGUUUUGAACGUUUUUGACAUUAACAUCGAUUUGAGAUUUUUGUCUCCUUUACUUUUUUCGAGUCUGUAGGCGGAAGUACUUGGAAAGGAGUUCCUUUUGCAUCUGAAUCGUGGUGUAGGUUAGAAAAGAGAGAUGGCUGGGAUCUUGAAAAAGAUUUUUGGUGGUUUUUCGCACCACCAUAACAAGAAAGAGGAGAAAGAAAAAAUUGAGAAGGAGAAGAAAGUUUCAGAAGUUGUCGCUCCACAAUCGAUACCUGAAGAAGUAAGUUCGGGACGAGGAGGACGAGGUUUCAGUGUGCAGGUUGCCGUUCCGGCAGAUCCUGUUGUUCAUGCCCCUGUUGUUUCUGAAUGUAAUGGUGAUGGCGGAGUCCAAGGGUUGACAUGGUAUGCUAAAGAGCUUCGUGCAGACGACGAUGGCGACGUUGCGCAAGAGUUUUUGAAGGAAGUCAUUCCUGAGUCGCGAGACCCCAGUGUAAUUACUCCGUCAGGUUUCGAAGCAGUGGCGGCAAAGCACACAAGACCGCUGAAAUUUAAAGGCCCUGUUUGCACACAGAAUGGAAACGUGCAUAUUUCUUGAGUUUUCUAUGAAAUAGCUGUGGAUAUGAAGAGAACUUCAUGCCGCAUUAACUUAAAUUAUAAUUUGAGGUCAGUCGUGUAAGGAUAGUUUGGCUGUUUCCUCCAUUCUUAAGGUAUGCAUGCCUUUAUUUGGACUUUACGUCCUGACGAUUAAAAAUCUACAUCUAGCGUCAAUUCUAUGAAUUGCUGAGAGAUUCACCUUUCAGGUGCUUGUUUCUGAUCUUCCCAGAUCGGAUUUAAUACUCCUCCUAAGGUAGGUGGAGUUCAACUUGGUGUUGAGGUAUUUUGUUCAUCUGCUGCACCUAUUGAUGCUUAUGUGCACAAUGGUGCUGCCUGUUGAAUAUGGAUCGAAUUUCCCUUUUUUACU